AUGAUGGGUCUUGAGAAGUGGUUUGCUUUGUUGUACCCAAGAGUGCAUGAAGGAAGAAGAGAGGAAGAAUGCUGCAGUGUGUGUUUGAUGAGAAUGGCGGAAGAAGAUGUGAUCAAGUCUUUACCUUGUUCCCAUGAGUUCCAUAGUCUUUGCGUCGAAACGUGGUUCCAUGUUAGCCGGAAGAUCUGUUGUCCACUUUGCCGUUUUUCGCCCGCCACUAUCCUUCUUACCGAUGAACUUUUCCUCUGGUUCUCUUCUUUCCAUUUCUGA